AUGUUAGGACUCGGUGCUCUCGCGCUUUUACCCCUCGUGUCCGCGACGGCCUUGCUUCCACGGCAAACAGCAUGCAACAAUUCUCCAGAUCUUUGCGCCAAGUCGUACGGCAACAUCACCCAUCUGGGAGCACAUGACAGUCCGUUCAUUCGAGAUGCAUCGACGGGUCAAUCGACGGCUGCCAACCAAUACUAUAACACUACACUACAGCUCGACGCGGGAGUUCGCAUGGUCACGGCGCAAGUACACCAGCAAGACUCGGAGUGGCGCUUGUGCCAUUCGAGUUGUCAGCUGUUGGAUGCAGGGAAAUUAAGUACAUGGUUGACUGAGAUCAAGAACUGGUUGGACGCAAAUCCAAACGAUGUGGUCACAAUUCUGUUGGUCAACUCUGAUAACGCCUCUGCCUCCCAGUUGAACUCGGAGUUCGUGGCUGCGGGAAUCGUUGAUUAUGCAUAUACACCAUCGUCGACAUCCGCACCGAGCUCUUGGCCUACGCUGCAGACAUUGAUCAAUAACAAAACUCGGUUGAUGGUCUUUGUUGCGUCCUUGAGCUCCAAUACGGGGGCUCCCUACCUCAUGGACGAAUUUAGUUAUAUAUGGGAAAACCCGUACGACGUGACAUCGCCGUCCAAUUUCUCGUGCAAUCCCGACCGCCCAUCGAGCGUCAAGAAUGAUAUUUCGGCUGCGGUCACGUCUAAUCGUCUGCCGCUCAUGAAUCACUUCCUGUACUCCACGACCAUCCUAGACAUCCAAUAUCCGAACUCCAGUUACGUGGCGACAACAAACGCUCCUUCUGGAGGUACGGGAAACCUCGGCGACGCUGCGACUAAAUGCAAGCAAGCCUACGGCCGUCAGCCAGCCUUCAUCCUGGUGGACUUUUUCGACAAGGGCCCAGCUAUUGAUACCGUGGACAAACUCAACGGUGUAAGCUCGCCUGUUGGACGAAAGGAUCUGAAAUCGAGUUCAUCAAACGGGAGCACGCAAACAAGCUCUGCCUCCACCUACUCGAAUGUCUUCAGGGGAUUAGUUGAAGUUGCUCAAAAGGCACGAUCCGGCGCGAACCCCAGUAUGGCAGAUUGGGUUUGGGUUGGAGGUGACUGGGGCAGUUUGCUCGGCGGCGGCAUCACAUUAUAG